AGGUUUAUUCCUCCCGCUGCAACAGAGCAUCCUCUCUUCUUCCUCGAACUGGCUUACGAAAUCGAUCGAAUUAAGCACAAAAUGGUUCCUUUCGGCAUCGCCCACAGAAACCAGAAGACUUUUCGCCCCAAAAAGAAUGGCGCCUCAAGCAACAAGGUCAGAAACUCUUCGCAAUCCUCUUCUGCUUCUUCUUCCCAUCCAAAGUUCUUGGGUUGUUUCUGCAUAUCAGAGUUCUGUGAAGACGAACAGAUCCUUUUGUUUCAACAGGGUGCCCGACUUAAAAGGCACAUCGAUGCUACUCUGGGCAGUGGCAACUUGAGAGAAGCUGUGAGAUUGCCACCCGGAGUGGAUUUGAAUGAAUGGCUCGCUGUCAACACUGAUGAUUUCUUCAGCCAAGUGAAUGUUUUAUAUGGCACUCUAGAUGAGUUCUGCACUCCAACUAGCUGCCCAGUAAUGUCUGCCGGACCAAACUAUGAGUAUAGAUGGGCUGAUGGAGUUCGAAUCAAAAGGCCAAUUGAGGUUUCGGCACCAAAAUAUGUGGAUUAUUUGAUGGAUUGGGUCGAAGCUCAUUUGAAUGAUGAAGACAUAUUCCCCCAGAAACUUGGAGCGCCGUUCCCUCCGAACUUUCGACGAGUCGUCGAGACGAUCUUCAAGCGCCUCUUUCGCAUAUAUGCACACAUAUAUCACUCUCACUUUCAGAAGAUUGUUAGUCUCAAGGAGGAGGCUCAUCUGAACACAUGCUUCAAGCACUUCACACUGUUCAACAGUGUAAGCAAAGCAAUGUCAGAGUUUGCACUGGAUCAAGCUGGACUUGAUAAUGAAAUCUCUUUUCGCAUUGCUUUUUGCAGGAAUUCCAUCUUAUCGAGGAGCGAGAGCUUGCGCCGCUGCGCGAUCUAAUCGAUUCGAUCCUCCAGCCAUACUGAGAGGAUCCAAGGCACCUGCCUAAAACUUUUCAAUAUUUCUUGAUAGUCUUGAUGUAGGCGAUUUUGUAUAGCAACAUUGCCAGAGAGUUGUAAGACAAGUUUGGCAAAGAGUAAAAUUUGAUCUGUGUUUGGAAAACUCUCUGAAUGCUAUGAAACAGUUGUUCUUCGAAAA